UUCAGUUUUAUUGUUUGUUAUUAAAAGUUCGAAAAUUAAAACAUUUGGCACUGCUCAAUUUUAAACAAACCUAAUUAAUAGUUUCACUAUAAAGUGUGGCAAUUGUGUAACGACCUUGUGAACAAGCUCAUUAGCAGCCCUCGACGAAGCGAGUAACAACAAAAAUUUCCACCGCCCAUUCGUACUGCAGCAUCCAUCUGAGCAUCCUUGCGGCUGCUUCUUCUUCAACGUUUGCAUUCCUUUUCGCCAGCGCUUCUGCUGCUGCGUGAGUGCGUGUCGUGGCCGACGUAUGUUCCGCCCUCAGAGUAUAAUAAAUAAUUUAGUGCAUAUAAAGUUUGUUUAUCAUAUUUGCCAAAGUAAAAAACCGGAAUUUGCGCUGCCGUGCUGCAGUCGCCGCUGCGAAACGUAAGAGCGUUGUGUGUGUGUGUGUGUGUGUUAACACCGUGGCCCAUUGAGCGCGUGUGCGUGCCAGAGUGCGUGCUCGUAUGUUGGCCAAGCGAAUUUCCUUAAAUUAAUUAAAAAUGCGAAGUCGCGUUAGGUGAUUAUUAACUCAGCCAGUCAGCCUGCUAAACAGAGGCUUGUAUUCAAAUAUAUUCAUAUUUUUUACCGAGUCCUCUCACACUCAUUGGUCGGCAUUCGCGUGUGAGGGUGUGUGUGUGUGUGCAGCGGGCGGCUAGCGGCUGAAAAAACAAAAAAAAAAAAAAACGAAAACUUAAUUUUGCUGCUGCCAUCGCUGCCGCCGCCGCUGCUCCCUCAAGUUAACUGUUAUGUGCCAACUGCAAACAUCACAGCAACAACGCCGACGUCAACGCCGACGCUGGAAAACAGGCAGGGGUACAGAGACGCCUAACCAGACGCGCUCAAUUGCAAUUAAAUGGCAACGCGACGAAGGAAGCGCUUCCGCUUGAGGUGUCCACGUCAUAGAAACCAAGGAGGGAGAAGUAGUCAGAAGAAGGAAGGCAAGGAGCAGCAACAGCAACAGAAACAGCACCAACAGAAAAAGUAGUAGGAGCAGAAACAACAACGCACAAGCGCACAGCCAAUUGACAUGUUGGAUCGGCGUCCCUUCUGGGGCUUGAUCAUCUGGCUGAAUCUGUGCGUGGUAAUAUGGCUGGUGACCGUACAGGAACCGGUGAUGCCCGAGGGGGAUGCGGCUACCUCGGGAUCGGCGACAGCGCUCUCAACAUUGCCACAGACAUUGGGCUCACAGCAAUGGCAGCAAAUAUCACAGUCGUCGCGCGCCAAUGGCAGCGCCUACCAACAAGCAUGCCAAAAACACGACUCUAGUCGUACUCAGAUUAGCAACCAUAGUUAUGAUAGUACUAGCAUAGUUAGAAUAGUGGAAGGUGGCUCCGCCACGCCGGCACCGUCACCCACAGCCGCCAGCGUCCUGCAGUCAACAGCAGGAACGGACGAUGGCCAGCUGAUCGAUCUGCGCGGCUUUUUCUAUCUCAUGGCGCAGCCACCUUGCGAGUGGCACACUCAAGCGCUCAUUCUGGUGCACACGGCGCCCGGGAAUGUGGAAAAGCGCACUCUGAUUCGUCAGACCUGGGGAAGCGAAUCCUUGCUCGCCCGUACACCAGUGCGUCUCGUCUUCCUAUUGGGCGCUGUGCCUGAGGCAGAGGGGGCAUUGCAACUCGCUCUGAUUGCCGAGAACGAACAGCACAAGGAUAUGGUGCAGGGAAAUUUCCAGGACGCCUAUCGCAACAUGACCUACAAGCAUGUCAUGGCCCUCAAAUGGUUUCACAACAACUGCAAACACGCCCAACUGCUGAUCAAGGUGGACGACGAUGUGUAUGUGAAUACGCCGCGGCUAAUCCGGAAUCUGCAGCCCUUCACCGACGUCCCGAUGCAACCGGCCACUGUGGAAUCUCCGAUCAACCUGACCACCACACCCCCGCCCAUGCGUUUGUUCCUGCAGCAACCUCGCGACUUACUGCUCUGCCUUAAAUUUGUGGGCGCCCGUGUCAAGCGUUCCUAUCGCUCCAAGUGGCGCGUCAGCUUCAGCGAGUACGCCGAGCGCUAUUAUCCGCCCUACUGUCCCGGCUUUGCCAUCGUCUACUCGGCAGAUGUGGUGGAGCGUCUAUAUCGAGCGGCGCAACAGUCUCGGUACUUUUGGGUCGACGAUGUGAUGAUCACUGGAGUCCUGGCUCAGCGUACCAACACGACGAUUAUUUCCUUGAAGCCCUACAUACUGUAUGAGCCAACGUUGCUGGGUGUCCUUGCCGGACAAAUUGAUCUCGGGCAGCUGGAGUUUCUGGUGUCCUGGCACAGCAUCUCGCCGCAGCAAGUCGAUGCACUCUGGCAGAUGUACGCGACCCAGAAUUACACGCUGAACAGCGGUCCCAGCUUAGAAGUAACCGAGGGCGAGACCAAUGACAUCAGCUAGUCGGGUGGCAAUGAAAUGUACAAACAGAGUAUAGAGAAUAAAUCAGAGUUGCCAACAAAAGAAGGGCCCACACUUUCGAAACAUGCAUGUAUAUAGAGUUUUAUGCUUCUCAGAUCUCUGAUGGAUUCCAAAAAUUGUAUAACUUUGUUCGUUAUUUAUAUGCUAUGCAUUUUUAAAUAAAGCGGGCCGAAGAAAUUUCAUAACUAAAA